AUGAAGCAAAAGAGAGUAAAUAAAGUUGACAAUGAAAGGUUAAACAAAUUAUAAACAAAAGAAGCAAGUGUAAACUUAGAAUGGGUGCUUAAAUAACAUAAUAUAUAAGAACUUAAAUCAACAAUAUAGUUAAUGUCUUUUAUCGAAUUACACAUUGAAAUAGAAAACUAUGAUAUGCAAGGAGUUUCUCAUGUUAUGCUUAACAAUUCUAUAUAAUUAAAAUUCAUAUCAAUUGCUAAUGGUUUAUUAAUUUAUUAGGAAACUAAUUGUAUUGUUUUAAGUGACUGUGUUAUCUAGAAAAAGAAAUUUCAUUGUAAUCAUAAUUAAUUAUUUCUAAUUGUUUUGUAAAAUAAUGGUGGAAGAUUAAUUUUAAUAUUCUCACAUCCUAUGUCAUAAAAAGAAUGGUUUAAGAUUUUAAAAUUUUAGGCAAAAUAAAUUGAUUUUCUUAAGAAAUACAGAAUUUAAGAUAAUAUAUGUUUAAAUUUUUAUGAAAUAUCUCAUAAAAAAAAGAAAAAGAAAUAUGCAGCACAAAUUAUAAACCGUAAAAAUUUCAAAUUCUAAGAUUAGUAAGAAAUAAUUAAUAAUUAUAUUAAAAUCUUAAGAAAUAAUAACAUUCAAAAUGUUUUUCCUAUUGUAAGUAUUUUUGAUGAUAAUGAUAUACUUUAUUUAGUGACUGAAUAAUUUAUUGGUAGUACUUUUGAAUAAUUAUUAUCUAAUAAUAAAAAGAUGCUUACUUAAGCUGAUUUAGCAUUUAUAAUUUUUUCUGUUCUUUAAAAUUUGAGAGGUUUACAAGAUGAAGACCUUUUUCAUGGAAAUUUAACUUUUGAUAAUAUAAUUAUAGUCAAUCAAUAAGGAUAACUAGGAAUUUAUGUUAUCAAUCCAAUUUAUAAAGUAAGAUUUUAUGCUUAACAUAGCUUUAUAAUUAAAAAUCUAUUGAUUAUUAUGUUAAAACUGUUUCUGAAUAUCUUAUUGCUCCUGAAAUUAAUUAAAAUUAAAUACCUUCAGUUAAUAGUGAUAUAUAUUAAUUAGGAAUCAUUUUGUUGUUAGUAAGCUUUUAUGGAAUAUCAUAAAAUUUGAAUAAUUCAUUUAUUCAAAGGAUCUUAAACAACAGAGAAACUCUUAUAUCUUAAUAAGAAAUAAAAUUUUAAAAGUGUUUAGAUUCAGAUUUUCCACAUCUUUUUAGUGCUUGUUAAUUAGAUUUAAUAAAGAAAAUGAUAGAAAAAGACCCCAAUAAAAGAAUUUAGGUUUAAGAUGCUAUCAAACAUGCAUGGUUUAUAAAUACUAAGGAUAAAAUCAAAAUGCAAAAAUAACAUUUCAAUAGGCAUUUACCAAGUCUUAAAACCAUUAUAGAAAUGGUUGAAUAAAGUGAAUAUGAUAUAAAAAGAAAAUCACAUUAAACUACUGGAAUCAAUUUUAUCAAUUAAAGACCAUCCAUAAAAAAAUAUGAUUUCAGUCCUUACGCUCAAUAAUAACCAGAGUUCAGCCCUUAAAGAAAAACAUCAGAAAGCAUGAAUGAAAUUAUAGAUGAAGAACAUUAAAUAAGCAAUCUAAUAGAUUAAUUGAACAAUAAAUAAUGUGUGAUGUUGCCUUCUUAAAAUAAUCAUUUUAAUUAAGGGAAUUAAUUAAGGCUUAUCCAAACUGAAAAUAAUUUAGAUUAAUUUCAAGUAUGA